AUGGGACAACGAGGAGACGCACGUCAGGGACGACGACAAGGGAGAGUGAGAGGGGAGCCAGUGUACCACAGAUACCGAGCGAGUGACGCCAAAUACAAGGGGCGGCCCCGGACAGUGGUGGGCGCCGUCGGCGCAGUCCAAUGCGGGGCCAACGACGAGUACCAUGGGGUGUUCUCCAAGGGAAGGCCACCGAGGUGCGGUUAG